CAGAAAAAUCUAGAGGGAUACGUGGGCUUCGCAAGCCUCCCCAACCAAGUGUACAGAAAGUCUGUGAAACGAGGCUUUGAGUUCACUUUGAUGGUUGUAGGAGAGUCAGGGUUGGGGAAGUCCACACUGAUAAAUUCUCUGUUCCUGACGGAUCUGUACUCUGGAGAAUAUCCUGGGCCUUCGAACAGAAUCAAGAAAACCGUUCAGGUGGAGCAGUCCAAAGUGCUGAUGAAGGAGGGGGGCGUGCAGCUUCUGCUUUCAAUAGUGGACACUCCAGGGUUUGGAGACGCUGUGGACAACAGCAACUGCUGGCAGCCAGUCAUUGACCACAUCGACAGUAAGUUUGAGGACUAUCUGAACGCAGAGUCCCGCGUCAACAGGAGACAAAUGCCGGACAGCAGAGUGCACUGCUGCCUGUACUUCAUCGCACCCUCAGGACAUGGGCUGAAACCUUUGGACAUCGAGUUUAUGAAACGGUUGCACGAGAAGGUCAACAUCAUCCCACUGAUCGCCAAAGCAGAUACGCUGACCCCUGAAGAGUGCCAACAGUUCAAGAAACAGAUCAUGCGAGAAAUCCUGGAGCACAAAAUCAAAAUCUACGAGUUCCCCGAGACGGAUGAUGAGGAGGAAAACAAGAUUGUGAAAACAAUCAAAGAUCGGUUGCCCCUGGCUGUGGUCGGAAGCAACACUAUUAUUGAGGCAAAUGGCAAGAAGGUUAGAGGAAGGCAGUACCCAUGGGGAGUGGCAGAAGUUGAGAAUGGAGACCACUGUGAUUUCACACUUUUAAGGAAUAUGCUCAUCAGAACUCAUAUGCAGGACCUCAAGGACGUAACAAAUAACGUCCACUAUGAAAACUACAGAAGCCGGAAGCUGGCGGCCGUCACCUGUAAUGGCAUCGACAACAACAAAGCCAAAGGCCAGCUCACCAAAGUUGACACGGUUGAAGGCAUGAGUCCUCUCGCUCAGAUGGAGGAGGAGAGAAGAGAGCACGUGGCCAAGAUGAAGAAGAUGGAGAUGGAGAUGGAGCAGGUCUUUGAGAUGAAAGUCAAGGAGAAGGUCCAGAAGCUGAAGGAUUCGGAGGGAGAGCUGCAGCGGCGUCACGAGCAGAUGAAGAAGAAUCUGGAGGCUCAGCAUAAGGAGCUGGAGGAGAGAAGACGUCAGUUUGAGGAGGAAAGAUCCACCUGGGAGACCCAGCAGCGCAUCCUGGAGCAGCAGAAGAUGUACGUCAUGACUUUGGAAAAGAAUAAGAAGAAAGGGAAGAUCUUUUAAGCAGUUUUUUUUUUUUCCCCGGAUGAGUUCCAGGUUGUUCUCAUUGGCCAAUCCUCCCCCUAAACCUGAUCUCUGUGUGCGUGUCGAGCUGUUUGUGGACAUUUACCUUCAGGAAACUCAAGCCAAAAACCGAUCCGAUCUAAAAUACUAUACUCAGUUCACUUACCAGCUCAGAUCUGCAGUUACAUCCCCCCUCAAAAAAAGGCCACAUUAUUCAAGGCAUAUGAUCAAUCCUUUACUCAUAACUGAAGAAAUACGACUGUACUCUAUUUCCCCACCCUUGUAAAUCAUGUAACGUGGCCAAAUGGUUGAACUGUAAUGCACAAGUGACAUGCGGAGGAGGGACAGGCAAACGUAUUAUUUGCUUCUAAUUUAGUUUUUCUCUUAUCGCAAACGUGUAAAAUGUCUGUCUAGUCAGUAUCCUUUGACCACCUCCUAUAACUUCAUUAAUGUUAUUUCAGUUAUUUUUUAUAUAUAUAUAUAUAUAUAAAUAUAAAUAUGUAUACGUACACGGAGACAGCUAACGUAAUAUUUUUUAUGUAUGUUUAUCCAGCAGACUGGUGUUUAUUCCUCUCGAACGGUCGCGCUCACGUUUGUCUGUAACUUCACCUCUGCUGUACAGUAUUUCAGCUGUUUGGACACAGGCAGUUCUUUGUUUUCGUAUAUGUUACGUUCUCCAUCAUCUGUAUUUUUAAUUUUAUUUUUCAUUUGUAUUGUACAGUCUCUUAAUAAACUUGUGAUGAUA